UGCCCCAUCGUUGGUGUCAGUGGGGGGAGGAAUAGUGCCCCAUCGUUGGUGUCAGUGGGGGGAGGAAUAGUGCCCCAUCGUUGGUGUCAGUUGGGGGGAGGAAUAGUGCCCCAUCGUUGGUGUCAGUGGGGGGAGGAAUAGUGCCCCAUCGU